GGUUGUUCAAUACUUUGCAGGUAAAGUUGAAGAAAACUGCCCAUAUGGAUGGACACAUUUUGGUAUGAAAUGCUACAAAUUCUUCUCUCAGUCCGUUAACUGGGCCACCGCUGAGAAAAACUGUCAAUCUGUUGAUGCAAAUCUUGCAUCUGUGCACAAUACAGAUGAACACAACUUUCUCCUGAAUCUGAUUGUGCCUGCUACCACAUCUGCUUGGGUUGGUGGCCAUGAUGGUGAAAUUGAUGGCCAAUGGCUGUGGUCUGAUGCAUCUCAGUUUAACUUUACCAGCUGGUGCUCUGGAGAACCUAACAAUUAUCAGGGUAACCCUGAGAACUGCCUACAGAUAAACUUUACCAAUAACAGUUGUUGGAAUGAUGGGCAGUGUUCAUCCGAAAUGAGCUACAUUUGUGCCAAACCUCUGAGAUCGUGUUAAAUAAAUCUGUUUCAAUCAAAAACAA